CAGAGAGCCUGGUGCCUGCCCCCACCUCAGCCCUGGGGAAAUGAGAGCCAGGCUCCUGGGGAGGGCAGUUCCCCUUCCUGUGGGCUGAGGAUGAGACAAUCCCAUGACAAGAAGGACCCAGCCUCCGAGCGGCCACACCCUGUGUGUGUCUCUGUCCUGCCAGCACCGAGGGUUCAUCCAUCUGCAGAGCCCGGGGUCACUGGGAGGAGACACCAUGACCCCCGCCCUCACAGCCCUGCUCUGCCUCGGGCUGAGUCUGGACACCAGGACCCACGUGCAGGCAGGGACCCUCCCCAAACCCACCCUCUGGGCUGAGCCUGGCUCUGUGAUCAUCUGGGGGAGCCCCAUGACCAUCUGGUGUCGGGGGACCCUGGAGGCCCAGGAGUACCGUCUGGAUAAAGAGGGAAGCACAGAGCCCUGGGACACACAGAAACCACUGGAGCCCAGGAACAAGGCCAGAUUCUCCACCCCAUUCAUGACAGAGCGCCAUGCAGGGAGAUUUCGCUGUUACUAUCUCAGCCAUGCAGGCCGGUCAGAGCUCAGCGACCCCCUGGAGCUGGUGGUGACAGGAGCCUACAGCAAACCCACCCUCUCAGCCCUGCCCAGCCCUGUGGUGGCCUCAGGAGGGAACGUGACCCUCCAAUGUGGCUCACAGCAGGGAUAUCAGCAUUUUGUUCUGAUUGAGGAAGGAGAACACAGGCUCCCCCGGACCCUGGACUCACAGCAGCUGCACAGUGGGUGGUACCAGGCCCUGUUCCCUGUGGGCCCCGUGACCCCCAGCCACAGGUGGACGUUCAGAUGCUAUUACUAUUAUAGGAACACCCCCCAGGUGUGGUCCCACCCCAGUGACCCCCUGGAGCUUCUGGCCUCAGGCGUGUCUAGGAAGCCCUCCCUCCUGACCCUGCAGGGCCCCAUCGUGGUCCCUGGAGACCUGACCCUCCAGUGUGGCUCUGAUGCCGGCUACGACAGAUUUGCUCUGUACAAGGAGGGGGAACAUGACUUCCUCCAGCGCCCUGGCCGGCAGCACCAGGCUGGGCUCUCCCAGGCCAACUUCACCCUGAGCCCUGUGAGGGGCUCCCACGGGGGCCAGUACAGAUGCUACGGUGCACACAACCUCUCCUCCGAGUGGUCGGCCCCCAGUGACCCCCUGGACAUCCUGAUCUCAAGACAGUUCUAUGACACGGUCUCCCUCUCGGUGCAGCCGGGUCCCACGGUGGCUUCAGGAGAGAACGUGACCCUGCUGUGUCAGUCACGGGCGCAGUUCCACACUUUCCUUCUGACCAAGGAGGGGGCAGCCCAUCCCCCGCUGCAUCUGAGAUCAAAGCACCGAGCUCAGCAGCACCAGGCUGAAUUCCCCAUGGGUCCUGUGACCUCAGCCCACGCGGGGACCUACAGGUGCUACAGCUCACUCAGCUCCAACCCCUACCUGCUGUCUUACCCCAGUGACCCCCUGGAGCUCGUGGUCUCAGGACCCUCUGGGGGCUCCAGCCCCCCACCCACAGGGCCACCAUCCACCCCUGCCUCACAUCCCCAGGAUUACACCGUGGAGAAUCUCAUCCGCAUGGGCAUGGCUGGCUUGAUCCUGGUGGUCCUCGGGAUUCUGUUAUUUGAGGCUCUGCGCAGCCGGAGAAGUCCCCAAGAGGCAGCCGGGAGGUGAACAGCGGAGAGGACAGUGCACCCUUCGGAGUGGUGGAACCUCGGGGACAGAUGUGAUGAUCCCAGGA